GCUCCUGCUGUUUCAUUCUCUUAUUCCCUCUUCCCACUCUCUGUUUUUUCCUCCUCCUCUGUGCCUUUCCUUCUUUUUUCUUUCACACACAGGCAUACAUCCACACACACACACUCUCUUUUCCUCUCUCUUCCUCUCCUCAUAUCCACCGGCAACUACGCUGAGCAGCCUCCUUCACCAACCCAGUGGAUCCCCUCACUUGACUAAUUAGCCCUGAAGUGCUGUUGAAGAUCAUCAUAUUUAGCUUAGCGACCUAGCGGCAGAGUGCAGACAGAUAUAGACUAGGCUGGCUGGAGGCUGGGUGCCUGGCUGUGGGCAAGCUCUCUAUCUCUCUCUGUUCACACUCAGUGCCGAGGACUUCUCAGUGGCGGAGCGGCGGAAGUGAGAGGUGGUUUUUGCUUUGAAAUAGACGAGAGGGGGGGGGGGGAAGAGAAAGAAGCGCAGCUGAGACCACAACAAAACCACAGAAUGGGAGAAGGCUGCAGGUGCAGAUCCUCCUAGAGACGGAGACUUGGAGGAGGCAGUGGUCACUGCUUGUAACAUACAAAAGAUUUAAGAUGAUUGACAGCCAGCUAUCAGCACAGAGGAGGGCGAUGAUGAGGAACAUCCCUGAUGAAGACCAAGGCCUGCAGAAGACCAGCACCUACAUCGUGCCCUGCUUCCUCUUAGUGGAGCUGGUCAUCAUGGCAGGGACCGUUCUGUUGGCGUACUACUUUGAGUACACGGACACGUUCCCCGUGCACGUCCAGGGCUUCUUCUGUUUCGACAAAGCCUACUCCAAGCCGUUCCCGGGACCAGAGGACAACAGCAAGGCGCCACCCGUCCUGGUCUACUCCCUGGUCACUGCCAUCCCCACGGUGACGAUCCUGAUCGGGGAAGUGACCAGUUUCUUUGUGAAGACAGAGGGAGCUCAGGAGAAAACCAUAGUGACCGCCGACUGCUGUUAUUUCAACCCUCUCCUCCGCAGGAUCGUUCGUUUUCUAGGUGUCUACUCCUUCGGCCUCUUCACCACCACCAUCUUUGCCAACGCUGGUCAAGUGGUGACAGGAAACCAGACCCCUCAUUUCCUGUCUGCCUGCAGGCCAAACUACACAGCUCUGGGGUGCCAGUCUCCGCUGCAGUACAUCACAGAGCGCCGAGCCUGCACGGGAAACCCGUACUUGGUGGCGUCCGCCCGCAAAUCCUUCCCCUCCAAAGACGCAGCUCUCAGCUUUUACUCAGCCAUCUACACAGUGAUGUACGUGACCCUGGUGUUCCGGACCAAAGGCACCCGUCUGACCAAGCCCACCCUCUGCCUGGUGCUGCUGUCGCUGGCCGUGCUGGUGGGGGUGGUGAGGGUGACUGAACACAGAAACCACUGGAACGAUGUCGUGGCUGGGUUUGUUACCGGAGGGGCCAUUGCUGCCUUCCUGGUGUCAUGUGUGAUCAACAAUUUCCUGCCAACCCAGAUAGGAACGCCGACUCCUCCUCCUCCGCAGCGCCCUCUAGAGCCCUCUGUCGGGCUCCCUCUGCUCAGCCUGCCCCGCGUGGAGAGUCCACUCGAAAAGUUAAGUGGCCUCCAGGCUCCAGGGCUACCGUAUUCUGAGAUCACAUGACCAUCAGCCAAUCCCAUCCCCCACCCCUCCCGAUGUGCUCCUCCCCUCACGGCGUUGCCUCACCAGCGCAGUCUAGACCUGCCCACCGAAAGUCCCCCGCCCUGCCCCGCCCACCCCAAAGGACGACAUCCUCUCCGUCGAAUCAAAUCAACGCAGGUGUGAAAGGCCGACCGAUCACAGGGAGGAGGACAGCGCACACAUGCACACGGCGAGCCUGGAGGAGAGAACCUGUCGUUGUGAAGACCAAUAUGAGACAGAGACCUGUCCUUCUGUCCAGUUUAUCCUCUGAGAUGGUCUCACCUUUUCUUUUGGGUGUAAAAGACCCCUUAUGAGACUUGCCAAAGCCAGAGGUGUUGAAGCAAUACUGUGUCACACUCCCUUGUCUUUUCUUUACACAAAGACUCAACUUUAAAGACUGUUGGCUGGUGAUGACUUGAUAAAACACACAACAAUAAAACAUAAAUUGAGGGUUUGGGGACGGAAGAAUAUCCCAAUCACUACUGAAUCGUCCUCAAAAGACCACAUUCUGACACUCAGGACAAUAAAAUGGGAAAAAAAGACCUCUCAUCUAAUCAAAAAGCAGGCACCACCGAGAAUUACGAUACAGAAGAGUUUUUCUGUCAUAAAGGACUAACGAGAUGCUGUCGAAGAGGAAAGCGCUUUUGUAAAUUAUAGCACAGAUGAACCAGUUUAGCGUUCAGUCAUCAGUGUUGUUUCUUUACCUGUUUAGGGAGAAUAUCGGUUUGAUCUCUUGCUGUACAUUGUGUGAAGUGAUAGACGGGAGAUUUACACACACUACAGCUGUGUUUGUGAUUCACGUAGACUGCACGUGAAGAUGGACGACGCGUCUCCAUUUCCUCCCACUAUCCAGAAAGGAACCGGAAAUAGCCUGGAUACGAACGCAACCAUAGAUCAGAGCCGCAUGAAGAACUCCCUAAAAAUUCUAUUUGAAGUUUACUUUUUAGUUGGAUCAAUAAAUAUAGAGGAGGCAGGAUUCAAGGAUUCAAUGAAAUGUUUCUGUGCAGACAUACCAAGUGAACAAUAAAAAACAGUAAAUAGAUCAAUAAAAUACAAUAAUAACAAAUAUUUUUAGAUAGAAUUAUAUGUAUACAAUUACAAAUCUUAGAGUCAUUUCCAAAAGCAGUACACACAGUCAGGUUUCCGGGAACUUUACCUGGUGUUCAAAUGAAUGACGUAUACUGCAGCCAGCCACCAGGUGGAGAUCAAGACACUUAGGCUUCAAUUUAGGGCAGCUGUCAUAUCUUCCAUCUUUAUAUACAGUCUACACUGAAACCAUGUUUGUGUUGGAGCAUCAGUUAACUCAUCCCUGUAGAGAACUGAACUGACCUUCCAAACAUUUUAACUACUUAAUAUUCAGGUGUGUGUGUAUGUAUGUAUGUCUGUGUGUGUGUAUGUAUGUCUGUCUGUGUGUGUUAUGAAUAUGUGUAGGUUCUACAUCCAUGCUGUGAAAUAUUUGGAAAAGUUUUAUUAUAAAGUUUUAUACAAAUUCUUUGUCAAUGUCCGUUCCCAUAAAACCCACCAUCCACUGUGUCCCUUACACCCUCUCAUGCUUGGUCUUCGUUGUUUAAUUUCAAAUAACUUUUAUCUAAAUACAUGACACACAACAUGUUACCAAAACAAAUGUGUGAUAAGAUUGUUUUUUGUUAUUUUUCCUAUCUGCCAUCAUUUCCUCACACCGACUAUGAAUCCAAUGGCGCAGACCAUGUGUGUGACACAAAGCUACGAUCUCUAGACUUUUGUAUAGUUUUGUACAGUGAAUAGGUUUCUCAACACAGUAUAUACCACAUUGUCAUUAUGUUUCAAGUGUGAGAACAGUGAGACGCAACCUGAGACUGUCCUGCAGGAACACGAGUAGUAGCCUGAUCUGAAGCAGGAAUGUAGCGCAGUGGAGAAGUGUUUGAAAUCCUGAUGUGUGUGUGGUGGUGGUGGCUGACAUCUUGCUUUGGUUCUGCUCAGUUCAAAAGGACAGACAGGCUGCCAGUGGGAGAGUGUGCAGUGGCUUAUAUACAGAAGACAUAUGGUUUUAUUAAGCAUGUGUGAGUGUGUGUGUGAGUGUGUAUGCUUAUUGGUGUGUGUGUGUGUGUAUGAUGAACACAUUGUAUGGCAGCGUAACUGUUAAUUUGGUUUUCUUAAGUGAAACAGUCAAAGGUAGCUGCUAUAAUUACACACUUGUGUUAGUGCGUAAGUGCAGGCCUUCACAGGACCCCCUGCCGAGGCGUCCCAACUAUGCCUGUUAUAGCAGAAGGUGCUCAUUAUAGCUUUGAGAUUAGCCACAGUAACACUACAUCUUUUUUUUUUGUAAACAACCGAAGGGAUAGAGAACACCCACGUUAAUAUGUCUUUGUUUUGUAUUUAUUUAACAAAAUAAAUGGCAAUUACCACACGCUGCUGCCUGAAUUGCACUUUUUGUUUGCUUCGUUUGAAGACCUCCCACACCUCAGUAAGGGUUGGACUGUGAUUGGCUGUGAGUUGUGAGAUAGGCUUUCUGGUUCCCAUUUGUAAUGUGUAUAAAAAAGCACAAUAACUAUAAAUUUCUCCCGUAAGAGAAUGUGUGUGAGUAUGUGUGUUACAUCAAGUCUCCUUUCUCUCUAUGAAAGCCAGCUUUUCACUCCAUCUCUGAGUGUCCCCCAUCAGAACCAAGAUAAACCUGCCUGAUGUCUGACAUGAUCAGGCAACACAUUGUACAAUAUAGUUCUGAGUGAGCACAAUCCGGCCCUUAUACCUGCACCAUUUCUUUUGUUGUCACGUCUGUCCGUUUGUCCGUUUGUGAGCAAAAUCACCAAAACAACCAUGACACUUGGUGGCAGGAUGUGCUAUGGGUCAGCAAAGAACCCAUUCAAUUUGGGAUCCAAGAGGUUUAUUUUUCACUUUCUUUAUCAUUGCAUUUUUCAACAUUUUUACCAUUGUCCCAGGGAAUAAGUCAUGGAUCUUAAUGAAAACUAUCAGGCAUAUUUAGGCAGCUGAUAUCUAUGGGUGUGUGUAAUUUGGUGCAGAUCCAAAUAGAAAUCUGGAUCUGGUGUGGUUUCAUAAGGGCCUUGGCGCAGGUCUGAGCUCUACUGAGUGACAUUGCCAGACCUAUUUUGUGCAUAUCUGUGUGCUGAUGAUAAUAAAUACAUCCUGAAUGUCACUCAACUAAGAGCAAUAGCUGUAUUUCACAGCAGACAUUUUGACCUAUUUGUUAAUGUGUGUCUAAUAUCAACUGUUCUGUCAUGGCAGUGAGCCAGUAACCCAAACAGCUGAAUAGACUUCAACCAUCAUUCAUUAUAUUAUUCCAACCUGCGCACUUCUCCUUCUGUUAAAAUACAUGUUAAAAUAGUUUUCCAUGAAAAAGGCCAAUCCACAGUGUUGUGUUUUACUGUAACAGAUUUGUAUUCCAUGUCGGAUCUUGAGUAUUGGAGGUGUGUCACAAUGUCGCAGUACCGUACGUUACAUACUAAUAGUUGUAAUUACAGGAAGACAGAAGAAGCCAUCCUGGAUUGCCUCCGCUAAUUAAAUCUCACAAAGAGAAAACACAAAUUA